CCGCUUGUUUUCGGAAAAGCAAAAUGGCAGCGCUCAUACACGCUAGAGAGUGUACUCUGACAGAGAGCGAAUGAAACGAGCCACAGUUGAUCAGCAGGUUUAUAGUCUUUAGUUACUGUAAAUGUAUAUCAGGAGCGAUAGAGAGCUCUUCAGCUUUAGGGGCGGUAAAGUAGAGUACAGUACAGUACAGUACAGUAGAGCAGGUUAUGUGAGGAGGGCAGGUUAACUCGGCUUUAAUGCGGACAGUGCUGAACAGCAGCUGAACAGCUAAAUAAACUCACCAAGCCCGCAGUGAGAGAGUCACAGAGCUCCGGUAGAGGAGAGGAGAGAGAGCGGGGUUCAGCGGGGUUCAGAGUAAAUCUGGGGGUAAUGCUGUUGAGCUCACUGAGGAGAGCGAGGGUCCUACAGCUCACCCUUGCGGUCAUCAAACCGGACGCUGUAGCUCAUCCGCUCAUACUGGAGGCUCUUCAUCAGAGAAUCCUAGAAAACGACUUCCUCAUUGUCAGAAAAAAAGAUCUGAUAUGGAGAAUAGGAGAUUCUGAAAGGUUUUACGCAGAACAUGAAGGACGGUUCUUCUACCAGCGACUUGUUGAAUUCAUGUCAAGUGGUCCAAUGAGAGCUUAUAUCUUGGCCAGAGAGGAUGCGAUCACUCGCUGGAGGGAAUUGAUGGGUCCUACUAAAGUGUAUCGGGCUCGGUACACUUCGCCGAGCACCAUCCGGGCACAGUAUGGGCUCACAGACACCAGAAACACCACUCAUGGUUCAGAUUCGGAGGAGUCAGCCAAGAGAGAGAUUGCCUUCUUCUUUCCGGAAUUCAGUGCUGAGCAGUGGCUGGAGGAGGAGGAGCCGUGUUUUCGGGCAGGACACGCAGAAUACGAUCAGCACGGGCAAAUCCAUAUGCCACUCAAACACGUCUGACCAUCCAUCUGCCUUCACCAAAGACUGGACUCAUGCCCUUAAAAAUUGAAAGCACUGCUUGUACUUGAAUGAUGUGUCUUUGUCUUGUCACAUUGCUGUGGUGUGAUCUCAGAUCUCAGACCUGAAUAUUUAUGUGAGCACUUGCACACUUGUACUGUUGUGCCAAAAUAGAAGGUCCACAUUAAAUAUGUUAUUUUAUUCAGUGUAA